UCUAAUAGGAAAGAAUAUUAUCGAUAGCUGGCAGUGAUCCUUCCAGUAAGCACAAGGAUUUAGACCACGACCCAGUUUCACAGGUUUGUGGUCGUGAUAGCAGAGGCCGGGUUAGGGGCAUGGGUUUGGGUAUUUCUAAGACUACUAUGAAGGUUGCCACCCCCUACAUCAUAGAAACUCGGUCGGAGAGGAAUGCACGUAUGUCCAUUGAGGCUAAAUUUGAAGCAUUAAUGACUCAAAUGCAAGAAUUUCGUACGAUUGUUGAGCAACAAUUUGCUGAACUUAGGCAACAAAUUACUUAUCAAAGCCAACUACUUCACCGCUCCCCUGAUACAGCUGCAUCUCAGGCCCACCGUCGAUCUGGUGAGCCCUCAAGUAUUCGAGAAGACUCUGCAACAACUCCAUCGAUGGAACAAAUUUGCCAAUUAAGAGAUAUCCGUGGUUGGACUGUUGCUAGUGGGCGGAUGGUGUCAGAUACUACAGGCAUCCCUCCAGAAUGCAUCAGAGUUGUAAUAGAUGAUAUCAAUGUUCGCACAGCAGAGUUGUUUAAUGAUGACAGGACAUUUGAAGAUAUUCAAUUGGGUGAAAUUGUUGUCUGGCCCAAGUUCCUGAUGAGAAUUUGAAUAUUCAGUAGUUUUGUUUUACUUUUUGAACUCUAGGAUAUAUUGUAUGAUGAAAACUUGAUUAUUCACUGAAAUCCUUUUUUGAUCAAGUUGCCUUUUUUAUUUAUUUAAUCUUUAGCAUCCUUUUUAUUAAUUAUGGCUUGUUGUCAUUUGUUUUUUAUUAACCAAGUCACUAAAGGAUUUCAAUUUCAAAUGUAACUGAAGUAUUGAUAGAACGUUAUCUCUUGUUGCAGUACGAGAUGUAACAAGAAUAUACAUUGAUUGUGUAUUUGAAUUU